AUGCCAAUGAAAAAUCAAACCACAGUGACCGAAUUUAUUCUCCUGGGACUUUCCAGUGACCCUCAGAUGCAGAUUUUUCUCUUCUCAGUGUUUUUAGUUAUUUACCUAAUCACUCUGGGUGGUAACAUAGUGAUCAUGGUGGUGAUAAGAACUGAUUCUCACCUUCACACCCCUAUGUAUUUCUUCCUUUUCCAUUUAUCCUUUGUUGAUAUCUGCUAUUCUUCAGUCACAGUGCCUAACGCACUGAGGAACUUCCUAGUGGUGCACAAAACUAUUUCUGUCAAUGGCUGCAUUGCUCAGAUGUUCUUCAUCUUCCUCUCAGCUGGUGCUGAAAGUUCCAUUCUCUUAGCCAUGGCUUAUGACCGCUACGCUGCCAUCUGUGACCCAUUGCAUUACGUGGAGAGAAUGAGCAAAAGGAUCUGUGUUCAGCUGGUGAGUGGGGCAUGGAUCACAGCCUUCUUUUAUGCCCUUCUUAACAAUGUUUUUACUCUGAAGUUGCAUUUCUGUGGCUCCAACCAAAUCCAUCAUUUCAGCUGUGAGCUCCCUCCUCUGUUACAACUGGCCUGCACUGACACCCUCACCAAUCAAGUGGUGCUUCUUACUUCUUUUGUGAUAUUUGGGUCAAGCUCUUUCCUCCUCAUGCUGAUCUCCUACAUUUACAUCAUCUCCACCAUCCUGAGGAUACGCUCUGCAGAGGGCAGGCGUAAAGCCUUCUCUACCUGCAGCUCCCACCUUAUUGUGGUUGGUUUGUUGUACUUCACAGCUUUUUUCCAGUACACAAAAUCCAGCUCAGUCUCUUCUGUGGUGCUGGAUGAAAUAUUCUCCAUCCAGUACAGUGUCUUGACCCCCAUGUUAAACCCCAUCAUCUACAGUCUGAAAAGCAAGGAGAUGAAAACAGCUCUAAGGAAAAUGUUGAGAAAAUUAAAGUUUCUCAAGUAAUGUUGAGGAUCUUAAAUAAAUUAAAAUACAUAUUUCUACAUCAGAGAGCAUAGAACUGUGGAUAAGUGGUGUUUGGGAAACUCUCAGCUCAGGUAACUGAGACAAAUUGGGACAAAACCUCAGUUGGUCUAAAUGAGUGUGGCUCCACUGAAGUCAGCGGGCCAGAUUCCCAGUUGUACAAGAGCCACUGGAGCCUGGGGGACUGGAUCUUGGGUCUUUUAAAUCCAGAGUGAGUGCUGUGAUCACCAGGCUGUAGAGUCAGUCACACAUUUUGUCUAUCUCCAUAGCUCUUUAAUCUGGCCCACUGACUUCAGGGGAUCUAUGGCCAAUUUAUGCCAGCUGAGAUUCUGGCUAAUUCUAUAAAAACAUAAUCUCUCUUGAUCUAGUAAUCUCUGUUAUUUUGAUUUUUUUUGACUAAUUUAUUGAAACUCCAUUUAUUAUCACUUAUUGUAGUCUAUCCUACUAAAAUCUCAAGGAUUUUCAAUAUUAAUUAAUAAGAAUAACAUAAUUAACAUUGGAGCCAAUGGGUUUACUCCCCAGGGAAUUUAGGCUUGAACGGGAGAGUUAGAGAGUGGCUGAAAUGAGCGUAUCCUGGCGGUUAGGGCAUCCACAUGGGUGGGGAGAGAUUCCCUGUUUAAAUCCUGUUUCUUUAUUGGCACUUCAGGUGGAGCUCUCAUAUUCCAGGUGAGUACCCUGACCUUUGGGAUAAAAGUUAUGAGCGGUCUCCUCCUUCUAAUUCCUUCUUCUUCCUCCUUCAGCCGCAGCUUCAUAUAAAAAAGUAACAAAACCCCUUAGGUGGGGUUAGAGGGUUCCUAGCUGAGAAUGACAAGCAAAAGGAUUUGUCUCCCUCACAGUCAUAUAGGGCUUGAAGUCUUUGACAGUGGCAGGGCUUAGAACACACCCCACUCCUCAGCAUCUCCCAUUGACUACCUAUGGUCAUGUUAGAACAUAAAAACAAAUGAAAGGCCAUCCCAGAUCAGAUCAACAGUCCAUCUAGCCCAGUAUCAUGUUUCUGCCCAUCGCCAGUGCCAGUGCCAGAUUCUUCAAAGAAUAUGAACAGAACAGACAUUUAUUGAGUGAUACAUCCCCUGUCACCCAGUCCCAGCUUCAGUUUUAGGGACACCCAGA